GCCCUGAAGCUGGUCAUUCACAGCGCUUCAUCCAGCAUCUCAGAUAUGUCUUUGUUUGGUAAGCUAUUUAGUGGAGGAGAAAAGGUGAAAAAGACGUCCUGCCUACAAGAGGAGAUGGAGAAACUUCCAUUGAGAGAGGAGUUGCUGAUGAAGAAGAAAGAAUUUCUAAAGAAAAAGAUUGACCAGGAACUUUUGAUUGCCAAGAACAACAGCAGAAAGAACAGAAAAGCAGCUUUGCAGGCGCUGAGAAGAAAGAAGUGGUACGAGAAACAUCUCAAGUACACUGACUGUGCUGUUAAGGCCAUGAGGUCCACUCAUGAACACAUAAAUGUUGUCAACAAGGUGAAUGACCUGAUCAAGGACAUUACAGAGGAGCACGACCUGACUCAAGACAUGUCAGACACGCUCCACACAUCUGUGAGCUUUGGAGUGGAAUUUGAUGAGGAUGAGCUGCUGGCAGAGCUGGAGUGGCUGGAGAAGAAUUUGGAUGAGAGUCUCUUUGAGAAGAACAGAAUGGAGCAGAGAGUCCUCUGUCCCAAAGUGUUGUCCACUGCAUCACCUUCCCAAACUGCCAAGACGGAGGAAGAUGACAUUGAAGAUGAUUUAGAGUAUCUGAGGCACUGGGCGAGCGUAUCCUCAUAGACACACCAUCAGCCAAAAAAACACGGUCAUUAAGAGGAAAAGUUGAAAUAAAUAAGCAGAAAUGUUACGUUGUUGUUCAUCAGUGUUUUAUGUUUAUGGGAAAGCAUUAAAUGUAAUGCCCCAGCUAUUACAGAAACUAAAUAAUUGAUAUUGUAGUAAAGUACUAUGGGCUCUGUAAUACAGUAUUAUUAUACACUACACUACACAUGGUGGAUCGCUUCUUGUCAGUUUGUGGGUUAAGUGAAGACAAAAUGUAAAACGUUCAUCAACAUAUUUCAUAUACAAGGAAUGUUUUGGUGUAUUGGUGCAUAGCAUAAACAUAGUAAGAGAAAAUAAAAAUUUAAAAAGCAAGUAUCAAGAGACAUAAAUUGAGUUGAAGAAAAUGACAAUGAAAAAUAUUUUUUGAAAU